GGCAUUGACUGUGACAUUAGAUAAGACGUGUUUUCAUCUGUUUUCAUGUUUGUUGUGAAAAAAAUGUGGAUAGUUUGCGAAUUUUAAGCUUGUUCUGAUUUAAAUCGCAUUAAAACUGAAGAAAAACCCUUCCUUUAUAAUAUACAAUAUUAUUUCGCUUGUUCGUAUAUUGAAAUAUGCCGAGAAGAGGACGUGUUAAAAAGGAAGGACCCGAAUCUGGCGAAGAUUCAGACGAAUAUCGAAAAAGACGUGAUCGCAACAACUUAGCUGUCAAACGCAGCAGAGUCAAAUCCAAACAGAAAACAAUGGAGACAGUGUCCAGAGUGAAUGAGCUUCGCAACGAGAAUUCAGUAUUAGAGGAAAAAGUAAAGACUUUAACUAAGGAGCUCAGUUUCCUCAAGGAAUUGUUCUUGGCACACGCCUCGAAUAACGUCGAUCCCUCAAAAUUUGAGGGAGUGAAUUUACAAAAACUUUUUGAGGAAGAUUCUACAGCAAGUACGAGCAGUGCUAAAAAGUAAUUUUUUAUGAUUCUGUGCAAGAAGUUUACUAUAUUAUAGAGACAGUGAUAUGGCCUGUUAGUUUGUAAGAAGUGUCUUUAUUUUUGAUAGCAUCACACAAAGGGAUUCCUUAUGUUGAUAGUAUAGAGAAAAAAACAUAUUUACUUUUAUUAAAGAAAAGAAAUACUAGUAGAGAGGGUUUGAGGAAUGGAAUCCCUUUUUUAUAAAAGUAUUUUAGUUAUUUUUGAAGAAUAUUACUGUUAUAUUAUGUUUAAGUCUGUUUCAAGUGAUCUUUUUUCAUAUAGGUUUAUGUAGUCCAAAUAUUCUUAAUGUUUAGGACCCUUCAAUUCAAAUGUUUAUGUAUUAUGUUUAAUGUUAAAAAUAAAGAGCUUUAUUUCCAAAAAAAAA